CGUUCUUACGUCACUGAACGUCGUUUCUAAGACGAUUUAAAUCAAGGAGACGAGUGGAAUUACUGCUCUGUUUGUUGAUAAUUUUAAAUAAAAAUAAUUAAAAAUAAUUUAAUAUAAAAAUGGAGGACGAUGGAAAACUAAUGUCGCUGUACGGUAAAAGGAUUUUAACCCCACAGGAACAAAUGGGCUUAUGGAAAAACAUAGUAUGGAGGACAAAUAACAUCAGCCGGAAGCAUCUUACGGUUGUCGGUGAAGGUUCUCAAACAUGGCCUUCCGGCCUGCGAUACUGGAGCAGGCACGAGCUGGACGACUUCAUAGCGGACCGGAAGCAUACCUUCCUUGGGGCUCGCAUCCGACCAACUGUGGCUGACGUUAUACCCCCAUACGAAAGAUUUUUCAACCGAGGAGAUGGCUAUGACGCCAAGAUGCAUCGUGACGACCGGAAGAGCGUCAACAAGAUCGGUUAUUCCUUUCAUGAUGAGGAGCGGCAGCGCACAGUUCCACUGCUGUCGUCAUCUACAUACGGGCACCGCCUGGGCCAUCCCCUAGAGCCAUUUGCUCGUGGUCACGUGCGCGUUGAGAGGGCCGGCAAGGGGUUCUUACACACGAGGGGCACAGGGUUACCUCCCAUUGAGGACAUCUCGUUGAAAUGCAAACUUUAGAAGUGUUUCCUUAUGUAUAUGUUUUAUUUGCAUUAUCAUACUUGUUAUAAAAUGAUUUUCAUAUUGAAACAUGAAUGUCAACGCAGAAUUGUGAAAAUUGUCAAAUGUAAUUAUUUAAUAUAUUUCCCUUAAAAUUAAAUAUUUGUUUCGCA